UAGGCAUCCAGCUCCCAGAGUGAGGGGCCUAAAUAGCUUUUAAAAUCUGGGCCUUAGCUUUUCCAAGCAGGAGCUGCCUCUUGCUGGAUGUCUGUACAGCACCUGGCGCGAUGGGACCAGGAUCUCAUUUGGGACACGUGACUGGAGGAGGAGAGGAAUGAAAUACAGACUCACGGACAUAUUAACCCACCUGCUAGCUGGCACCUAUCAGCUGGCUGGAUUCCUAUGGGUGUCGCAACAGCCGGGACUGUGUGAAGGAGAGGAGGAAGCUAAUUCUGGGCAAACAAUGCAGCCAGCCCCAGGGUGUUCUUGUGUGGUUAACAUGGGGGGAUUGGUAAAUGAUUUGCUCAAGGAAGCUUCUGGAAGGGGUUGGUCCCAGGUUGUCUCCAUAAGGUAUUAAAAACCCGGACACGUCGGACUUCCCUCGGCAGGAGCUGAACCUUCAGAGGGUUCAAAGAGACCGCCUGAGAGGAUGUGGCUGUACCUGGCCGCCCUGCUGGGGCUGUACUUCCUGCGCCGAUGGUACCGGGAGCGGCAGAGUGUCGAGGGCCUCCCGGAUAAAUACGUCCUGAUCACCGGCUGCGACUCCGGCUUCGGGCACCUGCUGGCCAAGCAGCUGGACGCGCGGGGCCUGCGGGUGCUGGCGGCUUGCCUCACCCAGCAGGGCGCGGAGCAGCUGAAGAAGGCGACGUCGGAGCGGCUGCAAACGGUGAUCCUGGACGUCACCCGCACCGACAGCGUCACCGCGGCCAUCGCCUGGGUGAAGGAACAAGUCGGGAACAAAGGGCUCUGGGGCCUGUUGAAUAACGCGGGGAUCGCUAUCCCCGUGGCCCCCAACGAGUGGCUGACCAAGGACGACUUCGUCAAGGUGCUGGAUGUGAACCUGAUCGGCCUGAUUGAGGUGACCCUCAGCGUCCUGCCCCUGGUGAAGCGAGCCAGGGGCCGGGUCGUCAACGUGGCCAGCGUAAUGGGCCGAUUGUCCUCCUUCGGAGGGGGCUACUGCCUUUCUAAGUACGGCGUGGAGGCAUUCUCCGACAGCCUCCGGCGUGAGAUGCUGCCUUUCGGGGUGAAGGUGUGUGUGAUCGAGCCGGGCUACUUCCGCACCGCAAUUACCAACCCUCAGCUCAUUAACGAGAACUUCACUCGCCUCUGGGAGCGGCUCCCCAAGGAAACCAAAGCAAGUUACGGGGAGAAUUACCUGAAAACCUUUAUCAGCGCCACCCACAACAUGCAGAAAUCCUGCAGCUCCGAUCUGUCCAUCGUCACCAGCUGCAUGGAGCACGCGCUGACGGCCCGCCACCCCCGCACCCGCUACUCCGCCGGCUGGGACGCCAAGCUGGUCUUCCUCCCGCUGAGUUACCUGCCCACCUGGUUUGCCGACUUGGUGCUGACGUGGUCCUCCCCGGUCCCAGCCCAAAAAGCGUAGGAGGAAGAUGCAGCGUGAGACUCUCGGCAGGGGGCAGUGACCAGAGGAGCGUCACUGGUACAUGGGGUCCAGAUUCCCGACGGGGGUGAGACCCCUGUCUCGUGGCACCCAGCUGAGACUAUGCAAAUCAGUUCUUAAUUACAAAUGUUGAAUCAAAA